AUGGCUUCUGAAGAGGCGAAACCCGAAAUGAUGGAGGAGGAGUCGAAAAAGCCUGUAUGCUUAAUAGUUUUGGGGAUGGCUGGGGCAGGAAAGACAUCAUUUACAAAAAGACUUGCAAGCAAAGUGGUAGAUGGUUCAAGACCAUAUUUGAUUAAUUUGGAUCCCGCUUGUAGAGAAGUUCCAUACCCAGCUAAUAUAGAUAUAAGAGAUACUGUCGAUUACAAAGAAGUAAUGAAGCAAUAUGGGCUGGGACCAAACGGUGGGAUUGUCACAGCUUUAAAUUUAUUCUCAACUAAGUUUGGGCAAGUGGUAGAGUUGAUCGAGAAGGCGGGCAGGAAACACAAGUAUUGUAUUAUUGAUACACCAGGUCAAAUUGAAGUAUUCACAUGGUCGGCAUCUGGCACAAUAGUGACGGAAGCGUUGGCUUCCUCAUGUCCCACAGUGGUGGUCUACGUUAUGGACACAGUGCGCAGUGUGUCGCCUGUCACAUUCAUGUCUAAUAUGUUGUACGCGUGUUCUAUACUGUAUAAGACAAGGUUACCAUUUGUAGUUGUGAUGAAUAAGACUGACGUAGUAGAUAAUUCCUAUGCUGUAGAAUGGAUGAGGGACUUUGAGUCGUUCCAAGAAGCCCUAGACGCGGAAGGGGACGGCGAGGGAGGUAACACAUAUAUUGGCAACCUGACUCGAUCCAUGGCACUGGCACUGGAUACUUUUUAUGCAGAUCUGAGAUGCUGUGGCGUCAGCGCGCAUACUGGCGCUGGAGUAGACGAGUUCUUCAAAUUAGUUGAUGAAGCUGCUGUCGAAUAUGAGAAAGAGUAUAAAGCUGAUUGGUUGAAAAUGCGAGCUGAAAAGUUAGAAGAACAGAAAAGAAAGGACGAGGAGCUAAAAUCUGGAAAAAUUGAGGGCAUGGACACAGACACAGUAUUAGACAAGAAAAGUCUAAUCGAGACAGUGGGUGGUGGUCGAGAGAUCAGCGAUGUGUACUUGAAGCAUCCCUGUAAUGAGAGCUCCAGCGAUGAAGAGGGGGAGGAAGCGGCUGCGGUAAUAGAUGACAAACCGCAAGACGUGGCCAUGUUCCAAGACUUCAUCAAUAAACACGUGAAGCCCAACAACACUGGCAACAAUACAUAG